CAUUGAUAAGGAAUGCCGAACUGUUGCACUCAAUUAAUCCCGCACUUUUGUGACUUGCAGCUUGUGCAUUGCUGUUGUUGUGCGUUAGUUUUUCACAGCUCAUCAAACGUGUAACUCCUAACUCCCAAGCAAAAACAAAAAAAAAAUUAGAAAAACCGUUAGUUGAACGAAUAUUGUAGAGUUAUGCCAGUGCUCAAGUGGGGUAUCGCCGCCGCAAGUCGUAUAACACACGACUUCGUCAACGCUUUGUCCACCAUCGAGGAUGGUCAGCACACCGUAGUAGCCGUAGCCGAUGUGGAAAUGACGCGUGCUUGCGAUUUCGCCAAACGUCAUGAAAUACCGAGGCAUUACGAUGGUUUCGACGCCCUCUCACUGGACGCAGACGUCGAUGUGGUCUAUGUGGGCACAUUGAACCCCUAUCGCUAUCGUGUGGUGCGUCUAAUGUUGGAACGCGGCAAGCCGGUGUUGUGUGAGAAACCGUUAUGUUUGAGUUUGCGUCAAGCCGAGGAGCUCUAUCGUGUGGCCAAGGAGCGUAAUGUGUUCCUCAUGGAAGGCAUGUGGUCACGUUGCUUUCCCAGCUAUGCACGUCUGCAUGAGCUCCUGCUGUCCGAUUGCAUUGGCGAAGUAACACAUAUACAAGUGCAGCACGGAUGUCAUGCAUUUGUGGAGCGCCCACUCGGUUGUACCAUCACACUGGAUCUUGGUCUGUAUGCGCUGCAAUUGGGGCAGUUCAUCUACAAUUGUGCGCCGGCAAGCAUUAAGUGUAAUGCUCAUCUGAAUAGCGAUGGUGUCGAUGUGGAAUGUGAAUUCAUUUUGGAUUAUGGACAAAAUCGCAAAUUGGCCGCAUUCAUUUCGGGUUUGGAGCAUCUAGAAAACUGCGCUAAACUGUUGGGCACCAAGGGUGAAAUCAAGUUAAACAACUACUGGUGCUGCACAUCGUUAACGAAACCGAAUAAUGCCACCGAAACUUGGCAAUUGCCGAGUACAAAAUAUGAAUUCAAUUACACCAACGCUUGUGGUCUACGCUACGAGGCCGAGGAAGUGCGCCGCUGCAUAGAGAAACGUUUGCUGGAAUGUCCGUUAUUCACGCAUGCGCAAAGUCUCGAGUUAUUGCAAAUCGCUGAGGAGAUGCGCAGGCAAAGUGGCGUAAACUAUGAUGAUAUAAUAUGUCUGGGCUUGUAAGUGAAAAUUCUUAAAAAUUAAUUUUGGAAAUUUUGGAGAUUUUUGCUACAAAGCUCGUAGAAUAGAUGCUGUGGUGAAUUUCGAUAAACGCUAAACUUUUUGGGAAUCUCUUGAAUUUAGGUUUUUUCUAUAUUUUAAUGUUCAAUUGAUUUGUGUAGCAAUUUAAUUUGACCGUUAUGUGUACUUUCUGUAGUCAUUUACAUAAAGUAGUGCUAAUAUUUAGUAACUUUUUUAUUAAUUAGUUUUAUAUGCUUUUUAUUUUAUUUUUUAUUUAAAUUUUUGUUUAAGUUUGAUUCUCCAAAGGCUUAAAUUAACUACGUAAAUUGCUAGUUUUUAUCAGUAAUCGUGUUUGCU